GCAGUUUCAACCGUGGUCUCACGACGUAAACGGGAAAAAAAAGGCGACCGUUGCAAGUAGCGUCAGCCACCCGUUUUUAAAACAAAUUUAUUUAAAUAAAUAUCGGUAAUUAUAACCAAGUAAUUUAAUUACUAAAUUUACUUGCUAUCAUUUUAACUAUUUAAAUUUGUGUAUUUAAGGUUAAUUAUCACAAGUGUAGCUUCGUGACGCGACCUAUUAUAAAACGCAGAAUGGCGUCGGCAAUAAAAUAAUUUAAAUAAUUUAUUAAAUAAAAUUCUGUUUUAAAUAUUUAAAAUUAAUUAUAAUUAUUUGAUUGUAAAUUAAAAUAAAAUAAUUAAUAGAGAAUAUCUAUUGAUAAAAUAAAAAAGAAGUGUAAAUGUGAUUCGUGUACAAGUUGGUUAUUACGUUGGUAUCUUACAUUGCGGGAAAUAUAAGCUGGUAUUUUGGCGCGCGUUUUUUAGUUUUUAAAAAACCAACAGAUGGCAAUACUCGGUACACGUAUACCAUUCACAAAUAUAACGACUGACAUUACAGUAUAAAUGUAUACAUAUUUAUAUGACCAAGAGAAUUCUUGUGUGUGUAAUGUGUGUAUUGUAAAGGUAAUCUCUAUAUCCUAAAACAUAAGUGGUGAUCUCGAAGUAGUGCUGGUUGGCCAGUUUACUAUUUUUUAAAUAAAUAAAUUACACGAGCCGGUCUCGUGGUUUAAAUUCAAAUAUUUUUAACUUGAUAAAUUAAUAAUAAAUUUAAUUUAAUAAUUAUUAAAUAUGGAGACAAAUUUGUGGUUACAAUGACCUGCUAAGAGGUUGUCUUAAUGAUAUAACAGUGCCGGUGAGGCUUGUUAUCGUAUAAAUCGUAGCUACGGACGGCGUUUCGUUUUACAAAACGAGAAUACGAGUGCUCGAAGUGUGUUUCCGUCGACAGAGAAAAUGGACACCGGAGCGCAGUAGAAAGCUUCUUUUUUAAAAGGUCUCAAAGACCUAAACAUUUGGAUGGGUAUGGCUCACAUUACGAGACUCUAACACGCUGCUGUCGUGCCAAUCAACGACGAUACCCCCGGAAGACUGUGGGCUAAACGUCUGAAAAUACUGCACGUCCUCGGUAAAAUUAUAAAUCAUCAAGAUGCCACGUGUAAGAAGACAAGUAAUCCUGGAAGAUCCUUCCAGGCCGGUUACACCUGAUAUGGCACAAACAAAAUUAAUAAAAUCCGAAUUUAUUGAUGGCAAUUCUCUUGACGAACUUCAACCACAAAAAAUAGCUGAGGAAACUCCAAGUCCUCAUUUACAAGAUCAUCAGUAUGGACAAACUCCUUGUUAUCAAGUUGCAAGAAGACCUGCGCAGCCAUUACCUCGACCUGAACAAAUGUCAGUGCAAGCUGUAAAAAGAAGAUUAAAUUUGGAAGUUGCGUCAACUGCACCCAGUCAAUCAGCUUUCAAAGCUCCGCGGGUUAAGAGACGGAGAUCAGGAUCUAAUUCAUUUUCAAAUCAUACUCCCACAAAAAGUAAAAAUUUGGAAAGAACAAGAUAUGAUACGUCGUUAAGUUUAUUAACUAAAAAAUUUAUAAAUUUAGUUGAGAAUAGUAAUGAUGGUGUAGUAGAUUUAAAUGUCGCAUCCGAAAAAUUAGGAGUACAAAAACGAAGGAUAUAUGAUAUUACGAAUGUAUUAGAAGGAAUAGGUAUAUUGGAGAAAAAAAGUAAAAACAAUAUUCAAUGGAAAGGUGGGCAAUUGCCGGGUGAGAGAAAUAAUAUUCUCGAAUUGAGGCAAGAAGUGACUGAUUUAGAAGCUAAGGAAAAUGCUUUAGAUCGUUUAAUUCUCGGUGCUGAAGAAAGUUUAAGAGAAUUAUGCGCUGACAGACGAUACGCUUACGUUACUUAUCAUGACUUACGUUCAGUACCAGCGUAUCGCGAUCAAGCAAUAAUGGCAGUAAAAGCACCGCCAGAAGCUACACUACACGUACCACAACCCACAAGUAAUUGUGGCCAGCCUAAACUACAAAUUCACAUGCGGUCGUCACAUGGUGAAAUAGAAGUAUUCUUAUGUCCUGACGAUUCCACAACUAAAACUCAAACCACAACGAUACCACCACAGACACAACAAUCAACGUCGGUUUUAUCUAAAUCGAAAAACUCACCUCAUUUACCAUCCGAACUUUUAGUAACUCAAGAACAACAAACACACCGGACAGAGUCUCAAACAAAAAUAAUUAAAUCAGAAUAUAAUUGUGUGAUAAAACGUGAACCUGAUACUGAGGAUACUUCGAUUUCAACAGCAUCGGGUAUGAGAGAUGCUCUUUUAGGUGAAACUGAUGACUUUGAACCAAUGGGAGGUGGAAAAUAUCAGCUACAAACAGAAGAUCAAAUGUCACCAGAUAUGAGUAUUCUUGAUUUCGGAGAAUCUCUAAUGUCAUUGGAGCCACCGCUUUCAGAAAAUGAUUAUUCGUUUUCAUUAGCUUCUGGCGAAGGUCUCUCUGAUCUCUUCGACUUUCCUUUUUAAAAAUAAAAAAUUAAAAAAAUUGUUUACUGGACUACUAAUACAUUUUAAGAAGAUAUUAUUUUU